AUGGCUCCCCGCGCUAGUGGAUCCAGGUCUCAAAGGAAUGCGUCGCAAGCUGAGCGAAGGAGUUCUCGGCGCACUGAGGUCGUCGAAGAGGACGAAGAGGAGGAGGUUGACAUGGACGUUGGAGAGGACGAGCCUGAAGUCGACGGUGACUUACAAAAGCGCAUCGCCGCUCUUGUCCGCCUUGCGAUCUUCAAUGAGCAACGUCGUAUUCCCUUGAAGCGCGAAGAGAUCUCCAAGAAGGUCAUGGGCACACAGCGAGGAGGAUUCAAAGAUGUCUUUGACGGCGCCCAAGAACGCCUACGCACAAUAUUCGGUAUGGAACUCGUCGAGCUACAGACCCGUGCAGCAACACAAGACACCGCUCUCGGAGGUGGCGAUGCUGGAAAGCGCAAACGUGGCGCAGAUGGUCCUUCACAGUCUCAACCAAAUGGCACGCAGGCCUCCCAAUCGCAGACUCAAGACGGAGUUGGUGGCGCAAAGAAGCGUGGUGCGGCCGCUUCUGGCGCGAAAGCUUAUAUUCUGCGCUCGACACUUGAAGGCGGCCUGAUUGAGCUCGCAGCACACACCGACGCUGCUGUGCUCGAGGCCGAGAUGGCCGACGCGCCUGACGUUACUGACGAAGGCGAAGUCGGCGCCCGCUCGUACGGGAGCAUCCUCGCGUGGAACACGGGCGACCACCUUGCUGCUCUCGGCGUUAUGCACGUCGUCCUUGCACUUAUCCUCGUGAACGGAAAGGUUGUCAGUGAUGGCGACCUCCGUAAUACCCUUCGGCGCUUACGCCUGCGCGAAGGCGACGUGGUUGAUUUUCCAGCGACGGCGCCACAUCGUACAACACCCGUCGACUCAUUCUUGAGUGACCUCGUCCGCCGGCAAUACCUCGACCGUUCCCGCGUAGGCGGUGCACCGGGCAAGCGCGGACGUGGCGCAGCCUCGCAAGCGCAGAACGACAACGAGGGCGAUGCGUACGAGUGGCGCUGGGGCCCCCGGGCAUUCGCUGAGGUCGGCGAGCUAGGCAUCGCUCGUUUCGUUGCGGAGCUCAUGGCCGAGCGCCGUGCGGCUCCUGGCGUAGAGAGUAGUGACGAUGACGAGGGAGACACUCGCGCUCGUCGUGCGCGUAAGAAGCAGCGCGAGGACGAUAGUGAGAAGAAGUUGCAGGCUAUGAUGCGCGGUAUCGAACGCGCUGCUGGCGGUGAACUGACCGACGUCCUCUCAGCGUGA